AUGGCCGCCGCCUUGAUAACGCUGCUCGCCGCUGUCGUGCCCUUUCUCUUCACCGUCCCCAUCUCUCUUCUCCUCAUCACAUACCUCAUCCAGUCUCGAGAUAAAUUCGAGCUCGCCGAGAGUCCAGACACGCCGGCCUCGUCCCCUCCUCUGUCCCCCGUACUAAAGGUCAUGCCCGCCGACUCGACGACCCCUCUGCUCCCCAUCUCCACUCCCACCGCCAUCGCCACUCCUCUCUUUGCGAGGCAAUCGCCCGAUCCUCCUCCCUCGGUCGCAAACAAUGUCCAGCGCCUCGCCAUCGCCACCUUUUCGCUCGUCCGUCUCUUGCGCGGUCUCUCCCUCAUAGCCUACCCGCGCUUCGGUCUCUGGGCCCUCGACAUCCCCCCGGAUGGAAGCGCAUACAUGCUUGCUAGUUUGAUUGGCGUGCGCGAUGUGCUCCUCGCCGGUUUCCUCUAUACUGCCGAUAGGCCUUCGGAUCCGACUGCUCGUCGCGAGGUGACGCGCGCCCUUGUGGUGAACCUCCUGAGCGACGCGCUGGACGCGUUUGUCCUCAUUUUCUACGCCGCGUGGUCUGCCGACUGGGGAAACCCCGUCGCCGUCAUCGUUAUAUCCGCCGUCAUGGCUAUCCUCGAACACUUGACGCUCUGGAGUCUGAGCGAAGACGAGUGGAACGCGCUUGACCACCGAAGCCUCGAGGACGACAAGAAAGCGAGAAUGAAUGCCUGGCUGAGGGAGCUGGAGCGCUGCGGACCCGAGCAGUCGGUCGUUCCACCGUCGUCGCGGGCUUCUGUGCGAUACGGAGCUGUGGUCUAG